AUGCAUGCUUGGCUUGUCAUGAGAACUUUCAAAUAAAUGUACAUAUAUUUAUGGCAAUUGUACUAAUUUAAAUGUGUAUCAUUAAUUUUACAUUUUAGAUAUACAAACUAAACAAUGAUUCUAAAUCAACUCUGAAUAAAAAGAUCAAAACAUUCAUUAAUCAAUUACAGAGAUUCAAUAAUAGAUUUCUUUAUGGUAUGGAGAUUAAUAAUUUAUACGUAAAGUAAUGUGGAAAUGGAAUACUAAAAUAAAAAUAUGAAGAAUAUUUUGAAGGGAACAUUUUAGAGGUGAUACGUUCUUCGUAUUGA